AUGACCACGGGUAAAACUGAGCUGGUACAGAAAGCCAAACUCGUGGAGCAGGCUGAGUGCUACGAUGAUAUGACCACGGCCACGGAGGCUGUCACAGAACAGGGGCAGGAACCCUCCAAUGAAGAAAGAGACCUGUUCUCUGUCACCUACGAGAAUGCAGUGGGUGCCCUCAGGUCUCCCAGUGUGUCACCUUGGCAUUGGAGAGAAAACAGGGAGGAACAAGAAGCAGCAGCAUGUGGCAAGGAGGACUGUGAGGGGACAGAGGCCGAGCUGCAGGACACCCACAACGACGGUCUGGAGCUGAAGGACAAGCACCCCAUUCCCAAGGCUAUACAACCAGAAAGUAAAGUGUUCUACUUGAAAAUGAAAGAAGAUUAUUUUAGAUAUCUUUCUGAGGUGGCAUCUGGAGACAGUAAACAAACUGCUAUGGCAAACUCUCAGCAGGCUUACCAGGAAGCAUUUGAAAUUAGUAAGAAAGAAAUGCAGCCUAUACACCCAGUUCGACUUGGCCUGACACUGAAAUUCUCCACCUUUUACUACGAGAUUCUGAACUCUCCUGAAAAGGCUUGCAGCCUGGCAAACACGGUGUUUGAUGAAGCAAUUGCUGAAUUGGACACCCUGAAUGAAGUGUCAUACAAAGACAGCACGCUGAUCAUGCAGUUGCUUAGGGACAAUGUGCAGACGUCAGAAAACCAGGGAGAUGAAGGAGAUGCUGGGGAGGAAGAGAACUAA